AAAAAAGUCUUCAAUUGGUCGUGAAGGGUUUUAAGGCUUAAACCUCUCUUGCUCGUCUCUCUCUUUCUCGACUUUGGUUCACAUUUCGGCAUGUACCGAGCAGGAGCAGCAAUCGCUUCGUCAUUGAGGUCACACUCUUCCAGGAAACAGGUUUACAGUAGAAUUGUUGGUAACAGAAAUUAUGUUGCAAAGGAUAUUAAUUUCGGAACUGGGGCACGUGCAAGUAUGUUACAGGGCGUUAACGAGCUUGCAGAUGCUGUGAAGGUCACAAUGGGACCGAAGGGUCGCAAUGUAGUUAUCGAGACAUCCCACGGUGGUCCUAAGGUUACAAAGGACGGAGUUACAGUGGCAAAGAGUAUAAAUUUUUCAGAGAAAACAAAAAAUGUUGGUGCUGAUCUUGUAAAGCAGGUGGCAAAGGCAACUAAUACUGUGGCCGGAGAUGGUACCACUUGUGCCACAGUGCUGACUCAAGCAAUAUUCUCAGAAGGCUGCAAGGCUGUGGCUGCUGGAGUAAAUGUUAUGGAUUUACGAGCUGGUAUAAACAUGGCAGUUGAAGCAGUUAUAGAUGAGUUGAAGAAAAAAGCAUUAAUGAUAAGCACGCCCCAAGAGAUAACACAGGUAGCCACUAUCUCUGCCAACGGUGAGCGUGAAAUUGGGGAAUUGAUAGCAAGGGCGAUGGAGAAAGUUGGAAGAGAAGGAGUUAUCACUAUUGCAGACGGCAAUACUUUGGAUGAUGAAUUGGAUGUGGUGGAAGGGAUGAAGCUGGGUAGAGGCUACAUAUCUCCUUAUUUUGUUACUGAUGAGAAGACUCAGAAAUGUGAACUUGACAAUCCUUUGAUCCUUAUCCAUGACAAAAAAAUUUCGGACAUGAACGCACUUGUUAGGAUAUUAGAGAUGUCUUUGAAGAGAAACAGACCCCUACUUGUUGUUGCCGAGGAUUUGGAGAGUGAUUCACUAGCAAUGCUUAUUAUUAACAAGCACCGUGCCCAGGUUAAGGUUUGCGCCAUUAAGGCUCCUGGUUUUGGGGACAACAGGAGAGCUAACUUGGAGGAUCUUGCUAUUCUCACUGGAGGAGAGGUUAUCACGGAAGAACGUGGUCACCAUCUGGAUAAGGUUACAAUUGAUAUGCUUGGUACUGCUAAAAAGGUCACCGUUUCUAUUGAUGAUACCAUAAUUCUACAUGGUGGUGGGGAUAAAAAGCUUAUUGAAGAAAGAUGUGAGCAGUUAAGGGAAGUCAAGGAGAAGAGUACUGCCGUAUUUGACAAGGAAAAAGCACAAGAGCGGCUGUCAAAACUUUCUGGGGGUGUAGCAGUUUUCAAGGUUGGAGGGGCUAGUGAGGCAGAAGUUGGGGAAAGGAAAGACAGAGUUACUGAUGCUUUAAAUGCCACAAGAGCUGCCAUUGAAGAGGGUAUUGUUCCAGGUGGUGGUGUGGCCCUUCUGUAUGCCACCAAAGUACUGAAGGACCUCCAGACUUCGAACGGAGACCAGAAGCUAGGUGUCCAGAUAAUCGAGAACGCUCUAAAGGCGCCCACCUACACAAUUGUAUCUAAUGCUGGGGCUGAUGGUAGCUUAGUUCUUGGGAAGCUAUUAGAACAAGAUGAUCCUAAUUUUGGUUAUGACGCCAGUCAAGGGAAAUAUGUAAACAUGUUGAGUGCUGGAAUUAUAGAUCCACUUAAAGUUAUUAGGACAGCUCUAGUUGAUGCUUCGAGUGUAUCGAUACUGCUGACGACUACGGAGGUUGCAAUUGUUGACCGUGCUGGGCAGAAGAACCCCCUUGCAAAUCGAAUGCCAAACAUGGGUUACUGAUUCUGGAGAAAAUAUAUUUUGUAACAACAUUCAUUCAUAAUAGAGAAAAAUCAAACCAAACAUUUUAAAUGUGAGUUUUUUUUUUUCCCUCAAGAGGAACUUAUUUUUGUAUGUUUGUUACACUUUAUGGAUACUUAAAUAUAAUAAUAGUAUUAUACAUUUCUAGCUUGUUUUAAUCA